AUGGCAGAACAACAACGGAAAAUCGAACUUCAAUCGCCAGAUGAUUUGAAAUAUCUAAUCGCGAAUGUGAAGAGGGCGGCGCGGGAAAUGAUUGAUCGGGAUUUACCGCCGAUAGAGGGGGAGGAUGCGAUGAGGAGGUUGGUGGAGGAGAUUGUGGGCGAGUACAUACACAAGACUUUCCUAACAGCCUCCCCCAGCAUCUCCAUAAAUGGCAUGGAGCCCCAGCGUAAACUCAUAAACGCCAAUCUCCAACCGGAAGAAAGGGAUAAAGAUAUAAUCGAAGAACGCGAAGAGCAUGAACCGUUUGAUGGACAAUUAUGGGAGAGAGCAAAAGCGUUAGCGGUCAAGGAGGAAGAAUUGGUAGAACAGAUUGCUGCGCUGAGGAGAACUGUGCCAGCGAUGGUGGUAGAGCGGGAAGGAAAGUGGAAGAAGGGGGUGGAGGAGGAAGAGGGGCAGAUUGAGGGGUGGAGGGAAAAAUUGGGGAUGGAGGAUGAGGCGAUUUUUGCAGAAGGGGGGAGCGGAUUGGGGUUGGAGAGGAAUGAGAGGAUGGUGGAGGUGGAGGGGGAUUGGGAGAAGGGCAUUGGUGGGUUGGAAGGACUGUUUAGGGGGUUGCCCGAGGUGGGGGCUACGAGGGAUAGAGCGGGACGGGCGGAGGAAUAUGUUAGAGGGACGGGGAAGAGAGGUUAG